GGGCUUCACCUCCUUUGGGGCAGCACAGCCCCCCAUCCUCUUUCCCCACUUGAAGGCAAGAUUUCUCCCCGGAGCAAACAGCACUCUGCCUGCGGCACCACAGAGAGCUGUGCUUUCCAGGCAUGCUCGUCCUUCCCAGCCUCACAUCCUGGCACAGUCCCCACUGUACAGUUUGUCCCUCACAACCCUGUCCAUGAACCACCCGCACAUUCCUCCUCCCUACAGUGAGGAACACAGAUUGAUAAGGAUCUUUGCAAGUCUCCCCAGGGGCGGAGGAUGUUUUGGCUGGGAAAUAUCAAUGGGAAGCAAGGAGAAAGCAAGCCCAGAGGGAGCGUGGCACCUGCCAAGCUCUCUGAAUAACUGCAGGCUCCUCGGCAGAGCCGGGUGUGCUGCUGGAACAGGGCACGGAGCAGCAGGCAAUGGGCGGUCAGGGCUCCUCCUUCCUUCUCCCUGCAGGAAGAAAUGCUUCAACAGCCAUCAGAAAGCUAUGGCCAGUGCUGAAGCAUGCAGGGACAGGGACCAGGGAUCAGCACCCAGCACACCACAGCUUUGCAGGACACAGUGGGCACUGCAUAGUAGGAGGUGCUGCAAGCUGCCAUGUCCACAGUUCUGUCACCCAGAACAUGUUCUCCACCUCGGGUCCCCUCCCCAGGAGCCUCAGUGGGGACCCCCCAGCCCUGGGUGGAAGGGCACAGGCAGUAGAAUGCCAGCUUGGCAUCUGUCUCCUUCCAAGCUGAAGAGAAAUUCCGAGUGUCACAGUGGCCCUUUGGUAGGCAAUUUGUUUACCUUGGAUGCUGCAGCCUUAUCGUUCAUGGAAAUGUUUAUCCUAAAUAUUUAAUAGCAGGUCUGCAUAAACGGAGGUUUCCUGGGGAAGGAGCCCAGGCUGCAGUUGGGGAAGGCACAGCGUCCCUUCCCUCGGUACUGCAAAAGUUGCAGCUACUUUCUCACUUCUCCCCAAAAAUCACAUCCUCAGCGCCUCAAAAUCAGGGAGUUUUUCAUCUGGCCAGAGGCUUCUUCAUCACUUCCUGAUGAGAAACACAGGAGACCUAACAACAGCCCUUUUAAAAACAACAUCCCUGAUUCCACUAACUCGUUAAACAGAGAGAGCCUGAAAAGUGCCAACACUCCUAUGAGAAAAGACGGGAGGGAGAGAGAGAGAGGGAGGAAAGAAAAAGCAGGUUAUUUAUAACGCCAGGCUGCGUUAGGGUCUCUUCAGUCUCUCCUGCAAACUGUCUGCUGCUAGGAGGUCACUCCCAAAAACCUGCACAGCCCGUGACCUGCAAGCACAGUGUUUGAUCUGGGAUCUAGGGCGGGCACCAGUCCUUGCACACUGGGAGACGCACUCACAUGCUGCUUGACACACGGGAGAUCCCAGAGCAGCACAGCGAGGCUUUGGAAAGGAGGCUCUCUGCUUGGUCCCUUCAGCGCCAGCGCCAUGCAUUGGGCCACCAUCCUGCUCGUCGCCGGGCUCUGCGGAGCCUCCCUGGGCCAAUACAAUGAGGAGGAGGACCUGGCGUGGCUGCAGUACUACAUGCGGCAGUCCCGGAUGUCCUCCUACAACUACAUGCCCUACUACGAGGACGAGAACAGCCCCUACGUUUACUCUUACCUCCCAGCCCCGGACACUGAGGCAGAGCCCGUCCCUGAAGCUCAGCAGGCCUCAUCCUGGCAAUGUCCCCAGGAGUGUGACUGUCCCCCCAACUUCUCAUCGGCCAUGUACUGCGACACGCGCAACCUGAGGUAUCUGCCCUUCGUUCCCACCCGGAUGAAGUACGUCUACUUCCAGAACAACCAAAUCACCGCCAUCCAGGAGGGAGCUUUCGACAACGCCACCGAGCUGGAGUGGCUCGCGCUGCACAACAACCAGAUCAGCAGCGAGAAGAUGGGCAAGAGGGUCUUUGCCAAGCUGAAAAACCUGGAGCGACUGUACAUGAACAACAACAACCUGACCAAGAUGCCCAGCCCCCUGCCCCGGUCCCUGAGGGAGCUCCACUUGUCUUACAAUCAGAUCUCCAAGGUCCCCUCCAAUGCUCUGGAGGGUCUGGAGAACCUCACUGCCCUGUACCUCAGUCACAACUAUAUUUUUGAGAUGGGAGCAUCCCUCAAAGGGCUCAAGUCCUUGAUCCUCGCUGAUCUGAGCUAUAACCACCUCAGGAAAGUCCCUGAUGGGCUCCCAAUGGCUCUGGAACAGCUCUACCUAGAGUACAACUACAUCAACACGAUCCCUGAUGACUAUUUCAAGGUGUCUCCCAAGCUGCUCUAUGUAAGGAUGUCCCACAACAGCCUGACAAACCAAGGGCUCUCUACCAACACUUUCAACAGCAGCAGCAUCCUUGAGCUGGACCUCUCCUACAACCGGCUCCAGAAGAUCCCCCGGGUCAGCACCAACCUGGAGAACCUCUACCUUCAAGGGAACCAAAUCAAUGAAUUCUCCAUCAGCAGUUUCUGCACUGUCGUGGAUGUGAUGAACUACUCCCGGCUCCAGGUGCUGCGGUUGGAUGGGAAUGAGAUCAAGCGCAACGCGAUGCCCCCCGACGCCCCGCUGUGCCUGCGGCGUGCCACUGUCAUCGAGAUCUAGCCUGCUGCCAGCCCUGCUCCUCAGGACUCUGCUCCCUUCUUCCCGGGGAGACACUCACUCCUAUUUUAAUGCAGCUUGACAGUUUGACUUGGCUUCUGCAAUAGUGCAAUAAGGGUGCUCCAAUGCCAGCCCACGCAGGGGGGCAGGAUCUGCUCAUCCCCAAAUCCCCCCCUCCCCCCGUCUCUCCAGCCUCACAGAUCCCAUGUAGCCAUGCCCUGGUCCGUGCAGGAGGCAGUGGGGAAGAAGGAGAGCUCAUCCCAUCUCUGAAAUGUGGUGCUAAGCGUUCGGCUCCGGAUGUGGGUCUUGCAGAACCACUCCGGUGGCUCCCCCUGGGCAAGGGUUUGGUGAUCGCUUGGAGCUCAACAGGUGAAGGGUUACAGAUUUCCCAACCAGCAGCAUCCCUCUCUCUAGGAUGGGAAAAAGCAAAUCUCUAUCCUUACUUUACCACCUUUCCCUGAAGCUUCCUGCUGCAAACAUCAAGCCAAGAGGAAAGAAAUCUUUCCUGCUGCUGCCCAGCAGCCUUCAGCUGCUAAGGUCAGAGAGAAACUCCUUGAGGAGCAGCCAUGGCCAGAGGGACCCUCACACGUCCCCAGGUUUUGGGACAGGACUGGGGCCAAGAGACGGGCACAUUGCAGUGCCGUCACCCCAUAGAGCUCCAGGUCCAUGCCAUGAGCAGCCCUCUGUCCCUGCUGCCCCUGCCCAGGCACCAGGUGCUGCCAUGAGAGCAACUGGGCCACAUUCUGGGUCUGCACACAGCCGUGUCCUCCCACUCUGCCGACCCACCCCAUUGCUGCGUGCCACUCAGCUGCAGCUGCCCCAGCCUAGGGAGAGCAGCCCCACAGCAGGUGAGGUUUCGAACCAGGUGGAGCCCACCUGGCUUUAACAGGGGAGGGUUUCACUGCUCCCAAAGUUCUGGUGCCUAACUCCUGUACUCACCCACACUGCAGGAUCUGCCCUAUUCCUCCCACCCCUCCACCUGCUGGCACAGCUCAGGGCUUCCCACUCAGGGAACUGGGCUUUCCCAUUAGGAAUAAACGAUGCAGCAGUAAUGUCUGCAUGGGCAGCACAUCUCAAUUUAUCAAGAGCCGAAGCACCAACUUGGUUCCUUGGACAGGCCUACUGAGAACCAAAGGGGCAGCUGAGCUUUGAAGAUGACCUGCAAAGCUGAAGAGGUCAUCCAGACCCUCCGCAUUUAAACUGCAUGCUAACAUUAUAGAAACAAAAACAAAAAAACAAAAAAACCUGCACUAUCACCGGCGCAUGAACUGUAGAUGUCAUACCGACGAAUAAAGCCCUUUCUGUA